UGGAACAAUUAUUAUUGUGGAGAACUUUGUGCAUGACAAGUCAGGCACACCCUUUGUGAUAGGAAGAGAGUUCCUCCAAAGAAGAGACUUGUAUACAAAACCUUGUCAAUCAAGAAUGCUUGGGAUUUGCAUUGCAUCUCAGCUUUCUGGCUUGCGGUCCUGGCCAGUUCAGAGUAUACUUCAGAAAUGUCUGAGAGUGUUGUUCAAGAGAGAAAAUAUUAUUUUUCCACUUUUGCAUGCUGUUGUUCCGCAAUAGUUGUCAUGUUGCUGUACAGAUGUUGCAAUUUCAUUUGUCCUCAUUAGUGUAAUGCUUUUGGAAAUAAACUAGGUUUCUUUCUUUUUUUGCAAGGUGGCCUCUACAUAGUAGUGAAAUUUCCUGAAGAAGAUGAUGCUGUUGCCAUUAUACAUAAAAACUGGAUCGAUGGCAACGGCUGCAUGUGGCCUCCACAAACAAAAUACAUAAAAAGCUUGUUAAAAGCUGGGGCCAUGCCUGGAAAUGACUGGAGGAGUCUGCCUUGUGAAGUGGUUGAGGCAUUUGCCAAUUACGAUGAUGCUGUACGGGGCCUCAGAAAAGCUGAAGACAACUCAGACAUCGCAAGUGCAAGUGAACGUGGCAGAGGAAAAAGGAAAAAGAAAAGAAGGCUCUACAGUGACGAAGACGAGAUGCCACUCCCGCAGCCACCACAGUCUAUGCAGAAAAGAGCAACACAUGGUAUUGCAGAAAGAUCUGCAAGGAUGGAACCGUCAAGUAUUUCGACUGUUUCACAGCACUCGGCAUAUAAUGGCUCACUGGAUGUGAACUCGGAUUUCUCUGAUUAAAUGUCUGAAAAUUCAAGAUUUCAAGAGGAGUCAAUUUGCUCAAGAUUUAUUGCUGGCCUUGGCAGGUGC